AUACUAUCCGUCGCCCCUAGCGGCGGCACGCGAUUCCGGCGGCGGAUUCAACAAACAUGUCAGCGCCCAUGGAGGUGGUCGUGUGCACGGAUUCGGCCAGCCAGCAGUUGAAUUGCGCCGUGUACGACCUGCACUCGGGGACCAACUUGCUGUCCUACCGCGGGGGCAGCACGUCGGCUCACUGCCUGGCCAUCCUCAACGGGGAGUACCUGCUGGGAGCCCAGCUGGGCAAGAACUUCAUCAACGUGUGGGAGAUUCAGAGGAAGGAUCAGCUGCAGCAGAAGAUCAUCUGCCCUGGAGUGGUCACCUGCUUGACUGCGUCCCCCAAUGGCUUGUAUCUGCUGGCCGGCAUCGUGGAGAGCAUCUACGUGUGGGAGGUUUCAAGUGGUAAGUUGUUGGCGCUGCUGAGCCGACAUUAUCAGGAUGUCACCUGCAUCCGCUUCACCGAUGACAGCAGCCACUUCAUCUCUGGAGGCAAAGACAAUCUGGCGCUGGUGUGGAGCCUCAACAGUGUUCUACAGACGGAGCCGACGCGCAACCCGGAGCCCCGACACGUCUGGACGCGCCACUCUCUGCCCGUCACAGACAUCCAUUGUGGCCUGAUGGGUCCUCAGGCGCGUGUGGCCACGGCGUCCCUCGAUCAGACGGUUAAGCUGUGGGAGAUCUCCUCUGGCGAGCUGCUUCUCUCGGUCCUCUUUGACGUGGGCAUCAUGUCAGUGACCUCUGACCCCUGCGAGCAUUACCUUUUCUGUGGAGGCAGCGACGGCAACAUCUUCCAGGUGACACUGUGCAGUCAGGGCAUCCAAAGAGACGAGACGUUCCAGGCCGACAGGGAAGGAAAUCAGGUGUUCAAGGGUCACAGGAACCUGGUGACGUGUCUUUCUGUGUCCAUGGACGGGUCGUUGCUGCUGUCGGGGUCCCACGAUGAAACGGUGAACCUGUGGGACAUCCAGAGCAAGCAGUGCCUGCAGACCAUGAACCACAAAGGCCCAGUCACCAACGCCUUCAUCAUGCCCGCCCCGGCCAACAUGUUCUAUCCGGACAGCCGGCCCAGCAUCAGUCUGCCACUCUUUUCUCGUCACCUGAAUCCCUCGGACCCCGGAGAGGGCGGCUUAGCGGAGGGGGUGAACCUGCGGCUGGGCCUGAACACACAGGGCAUGGAGGACUCGUAUCUGGACAAGGCUGAGGAGCUGCUCACCCUGAUGAGUGCGGCCACCAACAAGAACGUCUUUGGAGACGGUGAGCACACCAGGAUGCGGGUGGCCGAGCUGGAAGAUGAGGUGAGGACACUGAAGAAGGUCAACAAGGAGCUCUACGAGUUUGCUGCUCAGAUUCUCACCAAGCCCAACUAGCAACACUGGAAAGAGGAAGAGGAUGAGGAUAGGUGGGUGGAUGAAUUGAGAUUGGGGGUGGGGUUGGGUUGAUGGCUAGUUAAAUAAAAGUAGAGGGGGUUGAGGGCUGUUCUGUUCACACGGUUGGGGGACCUGGGGUCCUACACUUUGCUGUUUGUGUCUUUUGUACAAUAAAAUGUUC